GCUAAUGCUGAUAAUGACAACCCUAAAGUGAAGUUUAACGCAUGCAUGAUACCACAAGUUUUAUUUUUAUGUAAUUUGUUAUAAAAGAUUACAAUGGCUGCAGUUAAAACAGUUGAAGAAAACGAAAAACACGUAGAAGACGAAGAGGAAGAAGAUGAUGUAAAUGAUACAGAGGAAAUUGAAGCGAAAGAUCCUUCAAAGAAGAAGAAAAAGAAAAAAAAGAAGAAGAAGACAGCGGGAACUGAAGCGUCCGUAGAAAACGGACCUGAACCGCGUGACAAAGUACAAAAUGAUGCGGUGGAAGAUGCCGCUGAAACUGAAGAAAAGAAGAAGAAGAAGAAAAACAAAAAUAAGGGAAAGACCUCUGGAAAAACACAAACACACCCGCCAACAAUUCCUAUCGCGGAAUUAUAUCCUGACGGUAACUUUCCUGAGGGCCAAAUUAUGGAUCAUGGCCCAGCUGAAGGUAUUGAUGAAAGAACAGCGAAGGAUCGCUUCACAAGUGAAGAGAAGAGAGCUCUAGAUAGAAUGCACCAGGAUAUUUACCAGGAAAUCAGACAUGCCGCUGAAGCUCACAGACAGACUAGACAAUACAUUCGGGAUUGGAUAAAACCUGGAAUGACAAUGAUACAAAUCUGUGAAGAGCUUGAAGCAACAGCAAGGCGUCUUAUAGGUGAAGACGGACUUAAAGCAGGGCUGGCAUUCCCAACUGGAUGCAGCCGUAAUCAUUGUGCUGCACAUUAUACACCUAAUACAGGUGAUAAUACGGUACUGGAGUAUGAUGAUGUUGUUAAGAUUGAUUUUGGUACACAUAUUAAUGGUCGCAUCAUCGACUGUGCGUUUACACUACACUUCAACCCGCGAUACGAUCCAUUGGUAAAAGGUGUGCAGGAGGCUACAGAAGCUGGCAUCAAGGCUUCUGGGGUUGAUGUCAGGCUGUGUGAUGUUGGUGCUGCGGUGCAAGAGGUAAUGGAGUCACAUGAAGUUGAAUUAGAUGGUCAAGUUUACCAAGUGAAGCCAAUUCGUAACUUAAAUGGACACUCUAUUGGACCGUACAGAAUUCAUGCUGGUAAAACUGUACCAAUUGUAAAGGGAGGUGAGACAACACGUAUGGAAGAAAAUGAAUUCUAUGCAAUUGAGACAUUCGGUUCCACUGGCCGUGGACAAGUACAUGAUGAUAUGGACUGUUCUCAUUAUAUGAAAAACUUUGAUCAACAAUUUGUGCCACUGCGUCUGCAAUCAUCGAAACAACUAUUGAAUCUGAUAAACAAAAACUUUGGUACACUGGCUUUCUGCAAGCGGUGGUUGGAGCGUGCUGGGGCGUCACGUUAUGCGAUGGCGUUGAAAGACUUGUGCGACAAGGGCGUGGUGGAUGCAUACCCACCCCUGUGCGACAUAAAGGGCUGCUACACCGCGCAGUACGAGCACACCAUUCUCCUCAGACCAACAUGCAAGGAGGUAGUGUCCCGUGGUGAUGAUUACUGAUAAAAAUUCAAGUCCAAAGUAGUUUUGUACUAAACGAGUUUUUGUAAGAAUUACAUUUUCAAUACAUGGAUAUAUCCCUUA